AUGCUUCCCGGGCUGUUCGUAUUGGCGGUGAUCUUGUGCACCGUAACACUGUCCUGGUACUGGAAGCAGCGCUUACGCUGGGCUGAUCGGAUUCCGCGCGCACGUCCCGUAAAUCGGUGGUUGGGAAAUUUGGGUGACUUUGUUGGGAAAAGCCCGGGUGAAGUGUUUCUCGUGCUCGAUCAACACUUCCGACAGCAUGAUCGUUUGUUUACGCUACGGUUCGGAUCACAGCUCGCGAUUGGGAUCACCCAUCCAGAGCUGGCACAGUACGUCCUCACGCAUCCCGACUGUCAGGCGAAGCCGGAUCUGUACAAGGUGGUACGACUGCCGAAUGGCCUUUUGGCGGCAAAAUACGAUGUGUGGAAAGCGCAUCGGAAAACGCUCAACUCAACGUUCAACGCCCGCAUACUGGAGAGCUUUGUGCCGAUUUUCAACGACUGCACGCACCGCCUGGUGGGACGGUUGGAUCGCUACGCCCGGACAGGCGCCCGGUGCAACAUCCUGGAGUACAUCUCGGCCUGCACCCUCGAGAUGAUAAGCCGCACCUCACUGGGUGGGAAGGUUCUGGAGCGCGACGGUGCCGAACAGUUUAUAGCCAAUUUGGAGGUAGCGCUGAAAACGAUUGGAGUGCGCAUUUUCAACAUUUUUCUGCACAUUGACUUUAUCUACCAGUUCACCGAGCUGUAUCGGAAUGAAAUGCGAGCCAUCAACAUUUGCCAGCAGUUUACCAGCAAGAUAAUCCAGGAUAAAAGGGAGGAGAUUGCUCGUCUUGUCCACGAGAAUGACGACCAGAAGGAACUGGAUCCGGAGCCCCAACACCGUAAGCCGCAGAUUUUCAUCGACCAGCUGAUGAAGAUGCCGCUCACCGAUCCGACUGCACGCCAUUUUUCCGACGAGGAAAUUUCGGACCACAUCUACACGAUGAUCGUAGCGGGCAAUGAGACAUCUGCAACGCAAUUAGCACAUGCCUGUUUGCUGCUAGCGAUGCAUCCCGAGGUGCAGGCCAAAGCGUACGAGGAGGUUAGUGCGUUGGUCUUCGCACCCGAUCAGGAGAUCACGAUCGAGCUGAUGAAAGACCUGCACUACGUGGAGUGUGUGCUGAAGGAGGCGAUGCGUCUGAUGCCGGUCGCACCGAUCGUUGGCCGGCAGAAUCUGGCCGAGAUUGUGCUGGAUGGGCAUCGAAUACCGAAGGGCAGUGUGUUUCUGUUCCACUUCUAUGCACUGCACCGCCGGAAGGAUGUUUGGGGACCGACGGCAGACGAGUUCGAUCCGGAUCGUUUUCUGCACGGCGGAAGACAUCCGUAUGCGCAUUUGCCGUUCAGUGGAGGUCCACGCGGGUGCAUUGGAUAUCGGUACGCCAUGAUGAGCUUGAAGACACUGUUGGCCAAGAUCUUGCGGAGCUACGAGCUGACGACGAAUCUGCGGUACGAGGAUAUUCGCUACCAGUACCAGAUUUCGUUGAAUCUAGCCUUCCCGCAUGAGGUGCAGCUUCGUCGGCGGCAUUAG